GAAGAAGUAGAAGGUCCAGUUUUUCAGAUAUUGGGUGCCAAAAGUAUUAAAGGCGGUGAAUCGGAACGUGUCCGUCUAUUGGUAUCCGAUGGUAAAUAUUUCAAUAGUUAUGCUAUGAUGGCGACCCAAUUGAAUUCAAUGUACCACGAAGAAAAAUUACAUGAGAGGACCAUUGCUCGCGUGGAUAAAUACAUAACAUCUGUGGUCAAUAAAAAUGAUGCUGGAAAACGUGUUCUAAUCAUUUUGGAAAUGACCAUUCUUAUGCCUGGCGAACAAGUGAAAGAGAAAAUUGGCGAACCUACUAAUUAUCAAGAUGCAUUGGGAAAAGGUGGAGCUGCAACUGCUGCUCCUACUCCCAAAGCUGUCGAAAGCAAACCAAAACAAGUAUAUACCAAUCACAAUAACAACAACUUGGAUUCAACAAUCAAUUCCGGUCUAACACAUCCAAUUGCCAGUCUUAGUCCGUAUCAGAAUAAAUGGGUUAUUAAGGUACGUGUUACAGCCAAAUCGCCCUUGCGUACUUGGAGUAAUGCCAAGGGUGAAGGUAAACUAUUCAGCAUCGAUUUAAUGGAUGAAUCUGGUGAGAUACGUGCCACAGCAUUUCGUGAGCAGUGUGAUAAAUAUUAUGAUAUGAUUGAGGUGGACAAACUCUACUAUAUCUCCAAGUGCCAAUUGAAACCGGCCAACAAACAAUACAGUACACUGAAAAAUGAUUAUGAGAUGACCUUCACCAGUGACACAGUUGUCCAACCCUGUGAGGAUGAUGAUGACAGCGGAGUACCGGUGAUCAAAUACGAUUUAGUUCCCAUUUCCCAGGUGGCUAAUAUGGAACCAAAAGCAUCCGUUGAUAUUGUUGGAAUUUGCAAGGAUGUCGGCGAAUUGCAGUCCUUUACGUCGCGUACUACAAACAAGGAGUUUAAAAAACGCGAUUUGACAUUGGUGGAUACCAGUGAAGCGGCUGUAACUGUCACCAUAUGGGGAGAUGAAGCCGUCAAUUUUGAUGGCCACGUACAACCAGUGGUUUUGGUAAAGGGUGGCCGUAUUAACGAGUACAAUGGCGGGAAGUCUGUUAGCAUUGGUAAUGGUUCGACGUUGAAAAUAAAUCCAGAUAUACCAGAGGGUCACAAGCUACGUGGUUGGUUUGAUAAUGGCGGUGGUGCCAACAUAACCAAUUCAGUCUCAGCCAGAACCGGAACUGGUGGUGGUUUCAGUACAGAAUGGCGCACGUUCCACGAGGCUCGAAACCUGGGUACUGGCGACAAACCCGACUAUUUCCAAACAAAGGCCGUUGUACAUUUGAUUAAGAGUAAUAAUGCCUACUACAAAGCUUGUCCCCAACCCGAUUGCAACAAGAAAGUUAUCGAUGAACAAAACGGCCACUAUCGUUGCGAGAGAUGUAAUGCCGAUUUUACCAAUUUCAAAUAUCGUCUUUUGAUCAAUAUGAGCAUUGGUGACUGGACUUCAAAUCGUUGGGUUACAUGCUUUAGUGAUAUGGGCGAACAGCUAUUGGGACGCAGUGCCCAAGAAAUUGGUGAAGCAUUGGAAAAUAAUCCCACAGAAGCUGAAGAAAUUUUCACAUCAAUAAAUUUCCAUUCAUAUGUUUUCAAAUUGCGUGCCAAAGUUGAAACUUAUGGGGAUAUGAGUCGCAGCAAAUUAACCGUACAAUCGGCAUCUCCAAUCAACUAUAAAGAAUAUAAUAAAUAUUUGAUUGACAGUCUGAAAGAAAUGACUGGUAUUAAUAAGGCUUAGUUUUAG